GUCAACUUGAAGGGAUACAAAGAUUCGACUGUUGACCUGAGUGAGGAAGAGGUACAGAAUGCUGAUGACCUGAAUGAGGAAGCGGUACAGACUCGGUAUGCAGCGUUAAUCUAUGGUCUGCGUCGAGCGGAAUCUCUUGUCUUCAAAUUUGGUACCACCACGGCAUUCUGGAGUGCUUGUCAGCUGUUGAGAGGUCGACCUUCACCUUUUGGAAGAUUGACGUACUUGGCUUUGCGUCAUAAGGAAGAAGACAUGGCCGUGAUAACUGAUGAUCAUGAGGUUGUGAUUUCUUACUUCUUCGGCAUCUUUGGUCGCAGAGUGGACUGUGGCCAUCGAGUUACAGAGAUUACCAGGGUAUAUCCCCGAACCAUCAUCCCCAGCAAUUGAACAUUUUGCAAGCUGAAAGUCUGAUUGGCCCUGUGAGCUCUGAGAAAACAGAGGAUGAAGAAUUUGUUUUCCCUGUACUUGAACUGAUUGGGGAACUUGGGGGGAUAUGUUGUUAAUGCUAGACUUUGUUGUUUCAUGGUCCACUUUUCCGAUUUGUGAUGGUCUUACAGCUACAACAUUGAACCUUGGUGGUCUCUCCUUUUGUGUAGUUUUACAGUGAGCUUGAGCUACAGUGGUAAAUGAAUGAACUU